AUGUCUCCUCCAAUCGCCACUUUCAACGAAUCCGACAGUUUCGCUGCCACCAAGGAGGUGAAGGCUGCUCUUGAGUCCAACAAGCGAUUGGUUCUCAAUGCCGAUAACGUGGAGACCAAACUUCUGGACCAUUUCGCCGGAAAAUGGGAUGCGUUCAAAUUCGAUCCGAUUCGCGAAUCUCAGGUUUCUCGUGCCAUGACCCGGCGAUACUUUGCCGACCUCGACCGAUACGCGGAGUCGGAUGUUGUCAUUGUCGGUGCGGGCUCCUGUGGACUUUCCACGGCCUACACAUUGGCAAAGGCACGACCCGACCUCAAGAUCGCCAUCAUCGAGGCCUCUGUUUCACCGGGUGGUGGAUGCUGGUUGGGUGGUCAACUCUUUUCGGCCAUGGUGUUGCGCAAGCCGGCCGAUGAGUUUUUGAACGACAUCGGCGUGCCUUACGACGACGAGGGUCGCUAUGUCGUCGUAAAGCACGCGGCUUUGUUCAUGAGUACCUUGAUGAGCAAGGUUUUGGCCAUGCCCAACGUCAAACUCUUCAAUGCCACCUGUGUGGAAGACCUGGUUACUCGGACCUCGGCCGACGGUGGGGUCAGAGUCGUCGGUGUCGUGACCAACUGGACUCUGGUGACUUUGCACCAUGAUAAUCACAGCUGCAUGGAUCCAAAUACCAUCAACGCACCUGUCGUCAUCAGCACCACAGGCCACGACGGUCCAUUCGGAGCCUUCUGCGCCAAACGACUCGUCAGUAUGAAUGCCAUUGAGAAAUUGGGUGGCAUGCGUGCUCUGGAUAUGAACAGUGCGGAAGAUGCCAUCGUCAAGGGCACUCGUGAAGUCUCUCCAGGUUUGAUCAUGGGAGGAAUGGAGCUCAGUGAACUUGAUGGAGCCAAUCGGAUGGGACCCACUUUUGGUGCCAUGGUCUUGAGUGGCGUCAAGGCUGCAGAGGAAGCUUUGAAGGUCUUUGAGACCAGAAGGGCCGAGUGCGCCGAGUAG